AUGAAUAAGAAGGGAGUAAAGAUCCAUACUGGGUCUGAGAUUAGAAAGCAUAAGCAGAAGAGAAGCAAGAUGCUAUUUUUUGAGAUCCAUGGCUUGGAUUCAGAUGCAAAUCUAAUCAAAGAUGAUGCAGGAAGAUAUGUGUGUGCUAUCUGCAACACAAGGCAUUCUACAGAGAUGAGCUAUGUACGCCAUAGAGAAGGUAAGAAACACAAUGCACGAAUCAUCAAAGAAGAUAAUGCUGGUAUGGAUAUUCCAGUACAUGAAGUGAAGUGUUUAAUACAAGGAGGAAGAGUGGGAUAUAAUAUUAUGAUAAAAUAUGAACUUGCAGAAGAGUUUCCACAGUAUCGCUUUGUUAGCAGUCUUGAGCAAGGAGUGGAAGAAUAUGAUGAUAGAUAUCGAUAUAUUGUAUUUGUAUGUAAGCCGUAUGAUAAUAUUGGGUUUAGGUUUGAAAACAGACAAAUUGAUGCAUCACUGACGCAUCAGGAGUUUAAUGAAGAGCAAGGUGUGUAUAAUUUUCGGUUUUUCUUUGAUGAUACAAUUGAGAUGUGCUUGUGA